AAAAACAAGGGCAAAAUUCAAAAGGACUUUAUUGUACAGAUGAUUCAAUAGAAAGAGUUGCUUUGAAAUAUACUGGAAUCAUUUCAGCUUACAAAAUUCCUUAUAGUUUUUACUUAAAACUGCUUACUAAAAGGAAAUGGAUUGGACCGGAGCAAUUUUAACAUUACUACUAUUUAUUCUUGCAAUUAAGUUCCUUUUCAAAGAGGGCAGUUCCUGGAAUAACAGCGCCUCCAAUCUCCCCCCGGGACCCAGGACCAUACCCAUUCUGGGAAAUCUACACAUGAUGGAUCUGAAGAAGCCUUACAAAACAAUGAUGGAGUGGUCAAAAGAAUAUGGUCCCAUUUUUCGCAUCAAACUGGGAUUCCAGGAGAUGGUGGUGCUGACUGGCUAUGAGAUGGUGAAAGAGGCUCUAGUGAACCAGGGAGAUGCAUUUGCAGAGAGAGCCUCUGUCCCCUUUUUUGAGGAUGUUGCAAAGGGCUUUGGUCUUGUUUUUGCUCAUGGCGAGAACUGGAAAGUGAUGCGACGGUUCACAUUAUCCACAUUACGGGAACACGGAAUGGGAAGGAAGACCAUUGAAGACAAAAUCACAGAAGAGUGUAGUGUCUUAACAAAGACAAUUGAGGCUUAUGAAGGAAAACCCUUUGACAUCACAACAAUUCUGACUGCUGCUGUUUCCAACAUCAUCAUUUCUAUCCUACUCGGGAAACGCUAUGAAUAUGAAGAUGCCAAAUUUCUACAACUACUGAAGGCAAACAGUGAAAAUAUUCAGCUUUCAGGAAGCCCUGCUAUGUUGCUAUAUAAUUUGUUUCCCAUGUUGGGGUUCCUUUUGGCUACUCCUAAAUCAAUGAUAAAGAAUCAGAAUAAACUUCAUGAUUUCAUACAGACCAUCCUCAAACAAUAUUUACAAGAUCUUGAUGAAAAUGACCAGAGCAAUUUGAUUGAAUCAUUUCUUGUUCGGCAAAGAGAAGUAAUGAAUUAUUUUAUAC